AUGGAAAUGCUUUCAAAACUGCCUGCUGAACAGAUAAUUAUUCAAAAAGAGAAUGCUGGAAAAAGCAACAGCCAAAUGAUCAAGUAUCAUCCUCAAGAGCCAUCAAUUUCCUCAGCCAAGGAAUCAAAAUAUGUGGAGAUUUACAAUUUCCCUGGAGGGAGAGAAGAUAGUCCCCAGACUCUAAAACUGAAUCUAGCACAGGAUGGAAGUAAAGUGGCUUUUAUCAGACCCAAAAAUGGACCUUGCGGGAUCAGUGAGGUUAACAGAUUGGCUAACAAAAUCUUGGCAGACAAAGCUGCGAAUCAAGAAUCCCCAGAUUAUACAUCUAAAAUGGAAGGCACUCCUUCCCCCAUGGGGAUGAAAGCUGAUGAGGUUGGGGAAAGGAUCACUGGCAUCAGCUCAGAAGAGUCUGAGAACACUCUGUCCCCUAGUAUCUCCAACAUUCAGCUUUACACACAUGGCUGCCCAGAAUCAUCUUCAUCAUCUUGUCCCUCACCAAUAAAAAAGACAGGGAGUUUUCCAAAAGCGGAUGACUUAGAAAGAGGGGGAAAAACCUCCUCCUCAUUUGGGUAUGACAGCGAUGAAGAUGAUGAAGCAGACUGCAAAGAAAUCUGUCUGAGCCAUGAAAGAGGAAGAUGCAGGCAUGCUUCACAGCUAUCGCAGUCACAACCCAGCUAUACCAGUGAAAACAACAAUAGUAAUAAUGAUGAGGCACAUUAUAUUACCACCCAUGAAAUCCAGCUUAGUGAAGUAGACCAUGACAUGGAUUUUGACUAUGGAUUAGCUUCUCGAUGGGACUUUGAGGACAACAAUGUAAUUUAUUCCUUUGUGGAUUACGCUUCCUUUGGGAGUGAAGAGACUCUUGCAGACACACAAACAGAAGAGGAUAAUAGCUGUUAUCUCAGCACAACCACCAGUGAUCCUAAUAAUCAGACAGACAGUAUUGAUAAUACCAGCAGUACAGAGAUAGUCAGCAUUAAUUCUGAAAAUGAUACCCCAAGCACAGACAAAUGCGCCAGCUCGGAAGAAAGUCAGUCCAAGAACCUCUGCAACAUGAGUGAGAAUUCUGCAGGCCAGAUACUCCUAUCAAUCAAACCAACUUCCAGGGCUAUAAAUGAGCCUAGCAACCAGCACGAAAAGCAAAACAUUAUUUAUGCUGCCAAGCAUGAAAGCGACAUGAGCCUCUGUGUCUCCACAGCUCAUGAACGAAAUUCAAGUUUCAAACAAGAUGUGUUUCAUGACUAUGCAAAAAAAUUUAUUGCAGUUCCUGCACGCUUGCAAACAAGGUGCGGAGCCAUAAAAGCAAGAGAAUUGGGUGGAUAUUCAAGUGGUGCCUCCAGCGUGGUAAGUGAGUUGGAUGAUGCAGAUAAAGAAGUAAGAAGCCUGACAGCAAGGGCAUUUCGGAGCUUAGCUUAUCCCUACUUUGAUACCCUGAACUUGAGUUCCAGAGAGUCUUCCACAUCUCUUUCAGAUCACAAUCUAGGAAUCAACCAGUGGUCAACUUACUUGGAUUUAAAGUGCAGCAGCCUUGGACAGAAAGCAGAGCAGAAUCUUUUCAAAAGCAGCGCUGCGUCUGCUGGAUGGAAAAGAAGCUCUGGGACUAAGACAUCCAGUGACCAUUUCUACAUUCACUCCAAUAAGUCACAGACCAAAGCAUUGGAAUUUGUUGUCAGUAAACUUGAUGGAGAGAUAACGCACGUUGAAACACCACCUUGCUUUGAAAAACAGGUCCAGUCAGGCUCCCGAGUUGUUACUUUGCUGGAGACUUUGAAUUUCAGCAGCAAUAUUAAUGCAGGUGUCCCCAGACCUGCUAAACCUUCUGAAAAUGCUGCUGUUGGGUCAAGUUGCACAGAUGAAGUUACAGAAACACUGCCAAAGGAGCAGGGCAAUGAAAUCUGCAAACAAACUCGAGUGGUUGCAGAAACCAUGGAAGGAAUGCAGAAGUCAAAAUUUGCAUCUAGCCUCCUCAAAAAUGUUAUUUCAAAGAAAAUGCAACGGGAACAUGAGUUCAAAAUGGAAAGGGGAGAGAUCACAGACACCACAUACUCUGGUAUGUCAAAUUCCUCAUCUGCUAAAGAGGUAGAUAGCACUGCCAAAGAGAAGUUAAAGAAUGGGGGGUUGCAGAGACAAAAUUCAAGAUAUUCAGAAGGCAGCUCUGAUUGCACUAUUGUAACAGCAGAUGAUUUGGGGGAGUUUUUGGAAAGCAAGUCACCAACCUCCAAGCCCUCUACUCCCCGGGAGGCCACUGUUAGCCUAAAUCGAACCCUUUCGGAAACAUUUUUAGAAGAGGCAUGUAAAAUAAAACGAAGUGCCUCUGAAACGCUCAAGGCAACUUUCCUCCGUAGCCAGAACAGUGCGUUUAGAACAUGGAAAGAAAAAGAAGCAGAGAAAAAAGAAGAAAAAGUUCCUGUGGGAAAACUGAAAAUUGGAUCUAAAGGUGAUUGGAAGGCUGAUAUGGGAGAAAUCACAGCUAGCAAAGCAAUUAAAAUGUCUCGUCUUUUUGUCCCAAAUAUUCAACAAACAACCAAAGAUAAUACUAACUUGCAUGUAACUAAAUACUCCUCAGCAACUACUGCAGCAGCUGCUAUUGCCACUACAAUGAUAAAGCCCAAACCUCCAGAGAUCAAGAUAAGUUUGGGAAGUGUGGAGCAGAACAAAGAUCACCCUUUCAAUAUUGCUAAGCUUCUCACCCCCAAGAUAGCUGGAAAUACCCCCAGUUUUUUCAAGACAGCUCCAUGUCAACAACAAAAGCAAAUAAAAGGGGAGACUAUGGACAAACUGCCUCAAUUUCAGGUACGUGAUAUAAGAGAAAAUAAGUCUAAAGUCCAAGGGCCUAUACAUCAGGUGAGAGAUGUCAGGAAAUUAAUCAAAAGUAGUUAUGGUCUUGAGUCAGGGGAUAACCACAGUGACAGAGGUAGUGUUAACUCUGAUCAGGGAACUUUUGACCAGAAACCCAAACAGCUGAUGUCAACAGGCAUUCCUAGGUCUCUGUCUCCCAUGGUGAUAACUUGUCAGGCAGUAAGUAACAGUAAAGAGGACAAGAAGCCCAACAAAUCUUCUGAGAUGGGGGCCAAAGUAAAUAAUGGAGGCAAGAGGCUGCCUUCCAACCAAGAAGGAACCAUCCUGGUGCACAGGACCUCAGGAAGGCUGCCAGUAGCCACCAUUGCUCCCAACAAGAGUGACCCUCGCCAGCCUGCUGUACUGAAGAUAGUCUCCAAAACAUCUGUGCCCUGGAGGCAGCAGUCACACCCACCACAACAGUCAGUGAUAACUGAGAAAAGCAGUAAGGUGGGACCACUGGUGGUAGAUGGAGAAGAACUUCCCAAAGAAGAGGUGACCAAGGCAUCUGUCUCAACAAACCAUCAGGCACUGGAAAAACUCACAGCAGCAGUCCGGAGCAUGGAAGAGCUAUACAGUUUCAGUAAAAAUGAGUGGAAACGAAAGAGUGACCCAUUACCGAUAAUUGACAGUCAUGUCCUGUCUCUCAUUGCCAGCGAGGAGCGAACCAUGGGAACCAUGAACAGUGCUAGGGAAGAAUCAAUGACAGUUGCCAAGGCUGAGGACCAGGAGGCAGCUCAGACGGUGGGAUUAACAACUUCUCCCAGCAGAUCAGCCCCAGAGCGCCAACCCCGUGGCAGAUUCUCCAACCCAACCAAGAACGUAGAGAAGGUCUCAGCCAAGACAGCGGCCUUUGAGAGCCUGGCCCUGGCCCGAGAGCAGACACGUGGUUCAGGCAUCUACCGGGAAUCCGCAUCAGGAACCACUGGGCCUGCUGAGAGGGGCAGAGUCCCUGUGGUCCCCCGCACCACCUUCACCUUCAGUGCUCAGGCCCAGAAGGCCAAGCAUCAACCUCUGGCACCUUCACCUCCUUCCCCUCCUCGAGGCCUCAAAGGCCAGGCCAGGCCUCGCACCAUCAAGCUCUUUGGCCGCCGAUUGGGGAGUCUGGUGGAGCCAGACAAGGGCCGCAAGGCCAUCGUUCCCGACUGCGGUAACUACUUGGCCAUCUCUCUCAAAGAGUCGUCGGUGGAGCAACCAGGAUCGGCCGCCGCAGGUGCAGGAGAAGGAGCAGGAGGCUUCGUGGAGGCUGCCUCGCCCGCUGCCGCCCAGCCUCUCAGCCUGGGCCAGUCCCUGGCAGGCUCCAACCCCAACAAGGCGCCCCAGCAGCAGCCCGCGGAGGAGCGCUCUGGCCCCACCACAGCCACCACUCAGCCUCAGCCUCUGGCCCAGCUGCAGCCGUCCUUGCCGCCGCCGACACAGCUCCCGGGGACGCCAGCGGCGGCUCCCCCGAUGGAAAUGUCUCCGGCGCACAUCUUCCCCCAGGCUCUGUCCCUCGCAGCGGCGGCGGCGGCCCUGACAGGAGCCGCUCAGCCGGCGACGCCUUUGCUGUGCUUCUCGCCGCCCAUGCCCGCCGAGCCCGCCGCCUUCCCGCCGCCUCAGACGCAGCGCAAGGUGCUGCUCGACCUCAGCACGGGCCAGUGCUACUUAGUAGACGCCCCGCUGCAGCCACAGCCCCAGCCGCAGAAGCGGCGCCUCUUCGACCCCGAAACGGGGCAGUACGUGGAGGUGCCCUUGCCCGCCUCGGCGCCGCCGCCGCCCCUGGCCCCCUUGACCAUCCCCAUGUCCUCCCUGGCGCUGGGAGCGGCCGCGGGAACCUACGGCGCCCCGGCCGCAGCCUACAUGUUCUACCCGGGCUUCCUGCCGGCCCUCCUGUCCGCCAGCGCCCUGCAAGGACAGCUCGCCCAGCAGCCCGGCGGUGAGCUUGGGGCCGCGGCUGCCUCGUUCAGGGGCGCCGCCAGCCCCGCGGCAGAAAGUCCGUAUUACAUGCCAACGGGCACGCAGCAGCAGCAGCAGCCAUGCCCACAAGCGGGUCCCGGCGACGGGAAAGCGCCGCUCAUCAGCAUCAUCUCGCAGCCGCUGGGCCCCAGGAUCAUCGCGCCUCCGUCCUUCGACGGCACCACCAUGCGCUUCGUCCUGGAGCACCGGUGAUGGGGCGCCGGCCAGGAGAGAUGCUGCUGCUGGUACGACGGGCACAAAGAACAAGAAUUUGUCUCCCUUAAUCUGAAAUGUACUUGGUAAUUUUAAAUUUUCAUUUAAAUUGCUGUCUUCUGAUGUAUUGCUCAUGCAUUGCUUUGUGCAAAACACGUAUUACAUUGUUUUCAUGUUUGGAUAAGCUGUCCCCUCAUUUUUAACUAUGCAUAAAUUUAAUUAUGCAAAUAUGAAUGAUUGAAUUGUGGCAUUUCCUGUAGUGUUUUAAAAUGUAGAAACUAGUAAUCCGUGUACUGUGCAACACAUGGCUAACUACAGGCGACCUACAAAUGCAUAUACAGAAGCAGAAGGAGUCAUUUUUGGUUUUGAAUAAAAAAAACUUUGAGUGAAGAAGUAACAUUCUGGUAUAGCCUUGCAGAUAUGCAUUUGUAGGUUUUUU